AUGGCUUCGAACAUCAAGAUGGACGGCAGCCCAGCCUUUGCCCGCAUCCCGCCGUGGGUGAAGGCCAAGCUACGGCCGAUUGCCAUUGAGAAGAUUCAGCAGGUACAUGACUGGGUCGAGCACGAGUGCAUCCCCGCCGAGCGCAUCUACAAAGCCCAAUUGAAGGGCGACCGAUGGAAGACGCCCGCCAUCAUCCACGAGCUAAGGAAGAAGGCAAAGUCCCAGGGACUGUUCAAUCUGUUCCUGCCAAACCACUUCGAAGAGUCCCCUGGCUUGACGAACUUGGAGUACUCAUGCUGUGCAGAGAUUAUGGGAAGGGUGUAUUGGGCGGCACAGACGAUGAAUUGCCACGCACCUGAGACGGGCAAUAUUGAGCUCCUUGCUAAGUACUGCACAUCGGAGCAGAAGCAGCGCUGGUUAUAUCCCCUCAUGAACGGCGACAUGUCCUCCGCUUACAGCAUGACCGAGCCCGACGUUGCCUCUUCAGAUGCCACACAGAUCGGAAUAAAGAUGGAGAUCACGGACAAGGAGGUCAUAAUAAAUGGACGCAAGCUGUACGGGAACUGCCAAUACAACGACGAGAUGCAGCUGUUCAUCCUCAUGGGCUGCUCCGACCCCAAGAACCCGAACCCCUGGAACAGACACACAACCUUGGUUGUGCCGGCGAAGACGCCUGGUCUGAAGCAAGUUAGGAAUUUGACCAUCAUGGGCUAUGACUGGGCACCAGAAGGCCACGGCGAGUACAUCUACGAGAACGUGCGGGUGCCACUCAAAAACAUCAUCCUCGGCCCCGGCCGCGCUUUCGAGAUAGCUCAAGGCCGCCUUGGCCCUGGCCGCAUUCACCAUUGCAUGCGGCUCAUUGGCCAGGCCGAGCGAGCGUAUGAGCUUGCUCUCGUCCGUUGCAUCGAACCCCGUAAGAAGCCACGAGGCAGGUUUAUAGGCGACUUUGACAGCAACAUCGAACGGAUCGCCGAGAUGCGCAUGACCAUCGAUGCUAUGCGACUUGUGGUUCUCAACGCAGCGGAUACUAUGGAUCUACAAGGCAACAAGGCUGGCCGAUACGCCAUCGCGCAGAGCAAGAUCAUGGUCCCCAACGCUCUGCUGAAGGUCAUCGACGAGGCGAUGCAAAUGUACGGCGGACAAGGGCUUACACAGCAUACGCCGCUACCCGAGUUGUGGACGUACGCCAGAUUUGUGAGGGUCGCCGAUGGGCCAGAUUCAGCCCACAGGCAUCAGGUGGGCAGAGACCAGAUGAAGACAGCAAAGGUCUUCAGGGAGAGAGCCGAGAAGUACACGGAGCGGUACAAGGAGCUCUGCAAGAAGUGGAAUCUGGAGCCUGAGGAGUUCUGGGGUAUUGUCUAG